GAAAUUUCUAAAAGAUUUUGGUGUUCAACUUUUUUUUAAACUUAUGUACUUCUUACAUGCUAUUCUUCUCUUUUCCCAUUUCACGAUAAGAUGCACCGCGCCUUGUCGUCAAGAUGGUUAAAUACUGCACUUAAUAUCGCAGAACACCCAAGAAGAGUUGAACUGCCUCUAUUCUUGUGCCCCUCUAUCAACCCCGCCUAUUAUUCCCAGAGAGUUGGCGCAGUCGCAUCGGCUUCUCGAGUGCGGCCUUCACGAUGGAGGGUACAACAUCGUUGCUUGCACAUGCAAGCUGAUGCGCCUGCAGAGGGCGCACCACUUUCAGAAGACGGCCCUCAGAAGAUUCGUCCCGUUCAAAAACUACCAAGCCAAUGUCGAGGCUGUGGCGCCUUUUCGCAAACUACAUUUCCAGACCAACCUGGAUACUUUGAUCUGAGUCGCAAGGCCGUUCAAAACUACCUUAACCCCCAGCUUGUGAACCGUGCUCGACGCGAGGACCAAGUAUACGAAGAAGUGCUCAAGAAUCUUGAUCACGAGGAGCUGAAGAGGAAAGGUGUUGAUGUAGAGGCGCUUGCGCUAAGUUUAGUUCCUCCGGAGGCAUACCAGCGACCACCUCCAAAGGUCCCCCUAUGCGAUCGAUGCCAUGGGUUAUUGCAUAACCAUAAUGGGGAGUCGAUAUAUCACCCUUCAAUAGAAUCUAUCAGGGAUACCAUCCUUGAAUCUCCGUACAAAUACAAUCACGUCUAUCAUGUGCUCGAUGCCGCCGACUUUCCUAUGUCACUACUACCCCAACUUUCACAAUUCCUCGAGACCAUGCCUCUGAGAACCAAGAACCGACGUUCCAGGGCAGGAAGGUUCUACGGUGACCAGAAGAUGGAGCUGAGUUUCGUGAUAACCAGAUGCGAUCUACUCGCGCCGACCAAAGAUCAGGUAGACAGGCUGUUUCCGUACUUGCAGGAGGUGCUUCGGGAGGCUCUUGGGCGCACGGGACGUAAUGUGCGUCUAGGUAAUCUAAUCGCCCUCAGUGCAAAACGGAGUUGGUGGACCAAUGAUCUGAAAGAAGAGAUAUGGCACCGGGGAGGUGCUGGUUGGAUGGUCGGCAAGGCAAACGUUGGCAAGAGUCAACUGUUUGAGGCUGUCUUUCCCAAGGGUAGAAUGGACUCUGCUCCAUCAGGACAUCAAAUUACAGUUAACAUGCAAACGAAAACGCCAAAGCGGAAGGCCGAGACCCGGCCAAAAGUAGAAGAGGAAGACUUGGAAGCUCAGGUGAUAGAGGAUUUGGACGAAGAAGACUUUGACGAAUAUUCCCUUCUACCACCCGCGAUCAAGGAGACAAACUACCCAGAAAUGCCGCUAGUUUCAGACCUGCCUGGGACGACAGCGUCGCCGAUCCGAAUUCCAUUCGGCAACGGCCGAGGAGAGCUGAUCGACCUUCCUGGUUUAGAACGCACUGGCCUUGAGAAGUAUGUCAGGGAUGAGCAUCGCUUAUCUUUGGUUAUGCGCUCUCGGAUCGUACCAGAACAAAUGACGCUCACGCCAGGUCGAUCCUUAUUGAUUGGUGGUUUUAUCCGUAUUACGCCGAGAGAUCCAGCGCCAGUUGUGUUAACGUAUGCAUUCACGCCGAUCGAAGCACACGUCACAAGAACGGAGAAGGCGAUUGAGAUCCAGAGCCAGACAAGCGAACUCAAAGUUGAAAAUAUAGCAGUACCAGGGACGGGCGAGAAGACGAAGCUCGCGGGUUCAUUCGAGCUCAAGUGGGACGUGACGAAGCAACGAACUGGGCCUUUAAUGAGGAGAGAUGCCAUCAAUCUAAGUAUAGACAGGCUACCAUAUAGAGUGUUGUCUACCGACAUCCUAAUUGAGGGUGUCGGAUGGGUUGAGGUUACCGCCCAAGUGCGCACGAAGGAUCUCUUCAAGAAAAAAACCAGCGAUCCCCUGAAAGAAUGGGACACGACGCCUAUUGAGGAAAUCCAGGAAAAGAAGGAAGAGGAAAAAGAGAAGAAAGAAGAGAAAAAGGAAGAGAAAAGGGAGCUUUCUGCAUUGGAAAGGCUAGAGGCUCUCGUUGAGGAUCCUAAAAAGAAGCGACGCCCUCCCCCCCCUCCUCCUCCCUCUGUUGAAGAGCAAGGCGAGGAUGUGGAAUUAAACUGGCCUAUCGUGGACGUGUACAGUCCCGAGGGCAAGUUUAUCUCUUAUCGUCGACCUAUGAACGGGUGGAUAUUAAAUAAGCCAAAGGUUACCAAGGCACAGAAGAGGAAGAGGCCUCGGAGGAGUAUGAAGGGUAUGAAGAAACUUGAGAAGAAGCGGAAGCGGGAGAGAGAAGCUGCUGCUGCUGCCGCUGGUGGUGGUGGUGGUGGUGCUUCAUUUUAACACGAUCGAAGCUCACUCUUAACUAUUACGACUGUAAAAUACGAAGUAUAUAAAUAAGUAAAUAUGUGUUAGUUAUAUAGAAUUAAACUAUGUAAAUCAUGUACCAUACGUGUAUUAAAUAAAUAGAAAGGAGGUGGUAGCUUUGGAGAAUAC